GAAGCGAAGCUCUGGGCGUGAGAGGGAAUUAGCUCAGGUCAUGUGAUCUCCCCCCCAUCAUCACUGCACGACCUGCUUCUCCCGAUCUGAUCUCACCAUGGAUGGGCUCGUCGUUGUCUUCCUCAUCUCCCUGGCCAUGUUCCUGGGCUGCUUCCUGCUGGGCUUGAUUCCUCUCGCAUUUAAACUUUCAGAGCAAAAGCUGCAGUUUGUGAGUGUGUUUGGUGCUGGGCUCCUGUGUGGGACGGCUCUGGCCAUAAUUAUCCCAGAAGGGGUGGAGCUGCUGGAUGGACCAGGCAAGGAAGGUCCAGUAAUCUGCCAGAACCUUACACAGAACCACACAGAGAUCAGCAAGACAAGUGAAGAUGCAGCAGAGAAAAGCUCCUCCGUCCCACCCCAUUUCUUCAUUGGGGUCUCCCUGGUGAUGGGGUUUAUUCUCAUGUUCAUCGUGGAUCAGAUUGGGAGUUAUUGCUCCUACCACGAUCCCCGGACAGGAAUGUCAGCCGGUACCAGUAUAACAGCGACCCUGGGGCUGGUCAUACAUGCAGCAGCUGAUGGUGUGGCCCUCGGAGCAGCGGUGGCCUCGUCCCAGGUCUCUGUACAAGUCAUUGUCUUCUUUGCAGUUAUUUUGCACAAGGCACCUGCUGCAUUUGGGCUGGUAACGUUUCUCAUGCACGCCGGGUUAGAGAAGGCGCAGAUUCGGAAGCACCUCUUGGCAUUUUCUCUGGCUGCACCGCUGCUCACCAUAACAACUUACCUCAUUCUCAGCCUGACUGGAGGGACGUCCCAGCACAGACUCGCCGCCACCGGAAACGGAAUGUUGUUCUCAGCAGGAACGUUCUUGUACGUGGCCACGGUGCACGUGUUACCCGAGAUUAGUGGGCGGGGUCACCAGCAUCAUCAUGUGACCUCCGAAUACAGACAUCCAGGACUGGGCCUUCUGGAAAGUGUCAUUCUAGUGGUGGGAGCUGGCCUACCGCUUCUCCUCUCACUGGGGCUUCAUGAUGGAUGAAAAGUCCUCUCCCAUUUAUUUUUUUAUUAUUAUUGUUGUUACUGUUGCACACAGAAUUGAAUAUGAAGGUUGUGGUCACUGAUUUGUUUACACUCCAGAAAGCACAGAAAAUAAUGGACUGUAUAAAGGAAUAGGUACCUAGUGAUGUGGCCGAGGUUCUGCAGGAAGUUAGGGAUGAGUCUGCGACCCGGCUCACAUCUGUGUGCCCCCUACAGGAGAGUACAGCCCCUUGGCUACAUGGCCUUAAAGGAUAAGAAAACCUUUAAAAUAAGUGAAUGUAAAAUUGAUGAGUGGUAUUCUAAGAACUUUUGUAAUGUACAUUCAUUAUUUAUUCUUUUCUCAUUCCAAGAUAUUAAAGGAUACAUGUGCUGUUAAUAUGAAUGAAUUUUGUUACAACAGCGCCACCUGCUGGUCAGUUUCCCACCAUUCUGACCACCAAAUAGGGUUGCCAACUUUUCUGAAAAA